AUGGUCAUGAGUCUGUUUUUCUUUUAUUCAUUUCUCUGUUUUGUGUUGCUAAUAAGUCUAUGCUUUUCGUCUUCCUUUGAUCAUCAUCUUUGCUCUCCCACUGAAACUUCCGCUUUGCUUCAGUUUAAGCAAUCCUUACAAGUUAAAUCCGACUACUCCCUGUGUGAUACUUCUUUCCCAAAAACGAAGUCUUGGAAUGAGAGUAAAGAUUGUUGUACUUGGGACGGAGUUACUUGUGACGUGUUAACAGGUCAUGUUAUCGGUCUGGACCUUAGUUGUAGUCAGCUUGUUGGCAAUUUUCAUCCCAAUAGCAGUCUCUUCCAACUUCAUCAUCUGCAGACACUAAAUCUUGCUUACAAUGACUUUUAUCCUUCUUCGAUCCCACAUAACAUUGGCCGAUUGACGAAUUUGAGGCAUCUCAACCUUUCUUAUUCUACCUUCGAUGGGAAAGUCCCAACAGAAAUCUCAUACCUUUCUAAUUUGGUUUCACUUGAUCUUUCUUAUGGUUUUGCGUUACAACUUAAUGAGAGAACAUUUGAGGCAAUGCUUCACAACUUCACAAAUCUGGAGCUACUUUCUCUCUUUCUUGUCAACAUCUCUUCUCCGAUACCUGUCAAUAUCUCUUCUUCCUCCUUAAGGUACGUUGAUCUUUACGAUACUAAUCUGCAAGGUGCUCUCACGGAGAACUUUUUCCUUCUGCCAAACUUGGAAAUGCUCUAUUUGAGUUACAAUGAUCUUCUCAAUGGAGUUUUUCCAAAGAUCCACCCAAGCAGCACUCUGUUGGAGUUGAGUAUUGCAUACACUGGCAUCUCCGGUGAGAUUCCUGAUUCAAUUGGCACCUUGAGUUCAUUGAAAUACUUAAACCUCCAACAAUGUCAAUUCUCGGGUUCCAUUCCAGAUUCCGUUGGCAACCUAACCGAAAUUAGGGAGUUGAUUUUAUCUCAUAAUCAUUUCACUGGCCAUAUUCCUUCAACAAUCUCUAAAUUGAAACAGCUCACGUGUUUGGAUCUUUUAUCCAACUCUUUUUCAGGUGAAAUUCCAGAAAUUUUCUCUAACCUCCAAGAGCUACGUCAUUUAGAUCUUUCUAAAAACAGCUUCAUCGGUCCAUUUCCCUCUUCAAUUUUAAGUUUGACACAUCUUGAAUACUUAGGAUUGUCGAGUAAUUCCCUAUCUGGCCCACUGCCUAGCAAUGCAGGCAUGCUUCCAAACCUAACCGAGCUGGAUUUUUCAUACAACUCACUGAAUGGUACCAUACCAUCUUGGGUAUUUAGCCUACCUUUGCUAUCUUCAGUGUCGCUCCAACAUAACCGAUUCAGAGGACUAACCGAUGAAGUGAUCAAAACAAACCCAACAUUAAAAGACCUGCAUUUAAGCCAUAAUCAACUCAGUGGUUCUUUUCCUCAAUCACUUGUGAAUCUCACAAACCUUGUAACCCUUGGAAUUUCAUCAAAUAACAUCACUGUUGAUGAGGGAAUAAACAUCACCUUUCCUAGCCUAUCAUCUUUGUUCUUAUCAUCUUGUGAACUGAAGGAUUUUCCACAUUUCUUGAGAAAUAUGAAGACACUGACGGUGUUGGAUAUUUCUAACAAUAAGAUUCGUGGUCAAAUCCCUGACUGGUUUAGCGGUAUGAGGUGGGACUCAUUGCGGUUUCUGAACCUUUCAUAUAAUUCAUUAACAGGCUACCUACCACAAUUGCAUUUCCAUAAUCUAGGGUAUCUUGAUCUGAAAUUUAACUCCCUUCACGGUCCACUACCUUCAUCCAUUUGUAACAUGAGCAAGCUUAGCCUUUUAGAUUUAUCACACAACAACUUCAGUGGCUCGAUUACACAUUGCUUGGACAGCAUGGUUGAGCUAUCCGUGCUAGACUUAAGAAGAAAUAAUUUCAUUGGGAGUCUUCCACCGUUUUGUGCACACAGCACUUUAUUGAGUACCAUUCUUGUAAAUGGUAAUCGAUUUGAAGGAACUGUGCCAAUGUCAUUACUCAACUGUUUUCGUUUAGAAAUCUUUGAUGUGGGGAACAACGCUAUAAAUGACACAUUUCCAGCUUGGCUCGGAAUGCUUCAAGAGCUGCAGGUCCUUAUAUUGAAGUUGAACAAGUUCCAUGGACGUUUAAGUAGUAGGAAGAAGUUUUACUUUCCCAAGUUGCGGAUUUUUGAUCUCUCUUGUAACAAAUUUAGUGGCUCACUACCUGCAAGACUUUUUGAGAACUUCAGUGCGAUGAUUAAAUUAGAUGACGGAGACAAAGGUGAGAUCAAAUAUAUGGAACAAUUGAGUGAAUAUUCGAUGUAUGAAGAUUCAGUGAGUUUGGUGAUCAAAGGCCAUGAUAUUGAGCUAGAAAAAAUCAACACUAUUAUGACAACGAUAGAUCUCUCAAGCAACCAUUUUGAAGGUGUCAUUCCAAAAACAGUAAAGGAUCUUGGCUCACUUCGGUUACUCAAUUUAUCCCGUAACAAUCUCAAAGGUCCGAUUCCUCAAGGUCUACAAUUCAACACAUUUGCAAAUGACUCGUAUGGUGGAAACCUUGAUUUAUGUGGUCUUCCUUUAUCAAAGCAAUGUGGAACCAGUGGUUCAUCACAUGUUCCUCAACCAUCGGAGUCGUACUUCUUUAGUGGAUUUACGUGGGAAUCAGUAGUCAUAGGCUACAGUUUUGGACUCGUUGUUGGAACUGUCAUGUGGAGUGUCAUGUUUCAAUAUCGUAAGCCAAUAUGGUUUGUGGAAUUUUUCGAUGGACUCAUGCCUCACAAAAGAAGAAGGUCAAAGAAGAGAGCUCUGAGACGACAGACUUAA